AUGCCUAAUAAAAUUACUAAAAUUUUGAACUGCAUAAGCUGCAAUUUUCUGCAAUUUAAAAUUUAUUUCAUGAAUAAUAACAACAACAACACUAUGGAAAGAAAUCGGCUCCUUAUCUAUAAUCUCGAAGAUUUCACUCAGCAUCUCGAUAAAAUUUACAGUCCAGAGCUCAUAAAAUCUCCUGUUAAACAUAGCUAUCCCCAUGCCCAAGAAAGUUUUCUCGAUAUCAUGAAUUCAAUUCCUAACGAUUUUGAAAAUUCUCCUCAAUUAACCAGAAAUUCAACAAAUAAAGAGUACAAAUUUCACUCAGAUGCUAUCUUUUCUUUCUCUUCAAAAGUAAGAGAAGAAGCUAAGAGAAUGACUAGCAAAGGCUUAGAUUUGAAGCGUGUUGUGCAGAAAAUGAACGAUGAUUUGUCAAGCAUGCUUAAUAAUCACCAUGAGGUUCUAUCAUUUCUAAUUGACUCGCAGCAUUCUGGAGAAGUGUUAAAAGAAUGUGAUAUAAAUCUGAAGGGAGGAUGAAAAGAAAAUUUAAAAGUUUUAACGGAAAGAAGUGAAAUGAAAAAGCAUUACACUUCGAUUUUUAUCUAA